AUGUGGAAACGCGCGUCACGCGGACCGAACGAGUUUCACCUCCUCCCGGGGAUGUUGACAAAGGAGGGACAUCGCACAUGGUUCAGUUUGGGACCGAGAGACACGACCCGAAGCAGCCGAGCGAUCUCACCACGCUGACCAGGAACAGGUCCACCGACCAGGCCUCCCGCGAUGCGCGAACGCCGUUUUGAUGCUUUCUACUGGCUAGAAUGAAGCGAUGAUGGGUUUGACGGAGCUGACUUGUGUUCAGAUACUAAACAGGCCUAAGUGCAUUUUAAGAACACAAUUUCUUCCACAAAAUGGCUGGAAGUGAGAAUAACUACUGGACACAACAUGACCUGAACAGAGAGGGUUUUGGCCUGAGUGUUGACAUGGAUCAAAACCCGACGGAGCUUCAACGGCAACAAAUGGCCAAAGAACUUAACUGCAACAUCGCCCUCUCACAGUCUCCUUUCUACUCCGAUGCGUACCGCCUGGCGUCCGAUAACAUGCUGCGGCCUCACGACGGAGACCAGGUGGUCCCUUCUUCCCAGAGACGGACGCUUUUUGGGGGCAACCCGAGAGGAGCCAAACCCCUGCCACCUCUGCCUGACCCCGAGGAGGUCAUGUCUGACGAGGCCGCCGACAGCGAGGUGGAGUUUUUCACCAGCGACCGACGGCGCCUCUUGCCCAAAAGCUGUCCCAAGGCCAUUUGCAGGGACAAGAGCAGAGACUCUGGCCAGGUGAAUUACGCCUACCAGGAGAGCUCGUGGCGGGCGGCCGGUGCUGGGACCGGCGCCGUGGCUUUCUCCUGGCCAAGCAGAGACGACAGGCCAGCCGGUAGAGGAGGCGGCUUCUGGGCUCUCGCUCCCCCGGGUGAAGAUCACCAGCGUGUGGGCUCAGCAGUCGGCGACGCUUUGUCCAGCAAGCAGCCCGACCAACACGGACUCCGGUUCCCCUUUCCAGGCGCCGCUCCACAGCCGCUCCACGGCGGCACCUCUGAAAAGCCCCUAAUCCCCCCUCGCGUCCCUAUCCCGCCGAAGCCUCCGGCUCUCUCAAAAACCGCGAGCUCCAACGAAGAGGACAAGCCUCCCAAAAUCCCUCCGAGAGUCCCCUUGGUCCCGCCGUGCCCGCCACGCACCCCGAGCCCCAAACGCCUUCCCAUUUACAUCAACGGAGUGAUGCCCGCCACGCAGAGUUUUGCUGCUAACCCAAACUAUGUGAGUAAGACACUGCAGAGACAGCAGAGCGAACGGGUUCCGCCCGCGGCCCAGUUCCCUCCCUGCAUCGUUCCCAUCGUGAAGGACGGCAGAAAGGCCAGCGCCACACACUACAUCCUGCUGCCGCCGGGCCGGCCGCCGCACUCGGACAGGCGGGAGAGACUCCUGAGCGAACCGGCCCGCGUGGGAACCAGCGGCGACUGGCAGAACAGAUAGGAACCGUUCGCGGUCUCAACCCGGGGCGAGAGAGUCGACGGGUACCGAACUGUGAGCGGCGCCGUCGAGCAGAGCGACCUGCCACGUUCACACUGUCAUACUGGUUGCUGUUUUCAAUGUCACGCGACACUGUGAGGGUUUUAUCUUUUUUUUAUCUUACCGGUCAGUAUUGUAGCAACAUGAAACAGUUAUAACAUUCCAGUAUUUUCACUCACAGAUGAGGAUAUUAAGAUUAUCGUUUUCAUUUGUGUUUUCUCUCAGUGACUUCUUGUCACUCAUUUACUUUUAAGUGCGCUCAUAUCACUAAUACUACAUGUCUUACAAGAGAGCAAAUCAUUAGUGUACGUACAAGCUGGGCUUGUACUAAACUGAUCAUCCCAUGUGCAUUUUUUAAUGACAAUGCUGCUUGGAAUUCUAAAAGUACGAUUUAUUUAUCUUUUUGCUGAAUCAUUCUCAAAUUAAGAUACAUGUCAAAUUUAACAAAUGUGGCCAAUAUUAACACAAAACACGGUAUGAACUACAGUGAAAGAAACACAUGACAAAGCGCUUA